GGAGGAUGGAGAAGCUCCAGGGGCUGCUGCUGUGGCUGCUGCUGAGCGGGGGUGGGGCAUGGGCAUCCAGUGGGCCACUGCGGCCACUGUGCCAGCCCACCAAUGCCACACUGACUGCGGAGAACGAGGCCUGCCCUGUGUGCAUCACCUUCACCACCAGCAUCUGUGCCGGCUACUGCCCCAGCAUGGUACGAGUGCUGCCAGCUGUCCUGCCGCCUGUGCCCCAGCCAGUGUGCACCUACCGGGAGCUGCGCUUCGCUUCCAUCCGCCUCCCUGGCUGCCCGCCUGGCGUGGACCCCAUGGUCUCCUUCCCUGUAGCCCUUAGCUGCCACUGUGGGCCCUGCCGCCUCAGCAGCUCUGACUGUGGGGGUCCCAGAGCACAGGGCUUGGCCUGUGACCGCCCACACCUCCCAGGCUUCUUCUUCCUCUGAGGUCCCCCCAGCCUCCUACACCCACCCCCAGUUCUGAACCCAGCAGAU